GAUUGAUUACAAAUUAGAGAGUGUUCCAAAACAAAUUUCUUUCCUUGGCAAUGCUUAGAUUGAGACGUACCUGUUUGUUUUUUAGUAGCACACUUCUAAAGAUUUUGUUCUCGAUAGUUCAACUUCAAUCGAUGUUCCAAUCAAAUCUCCGGCGGUGUUAAAUUGAAAGGUACUUCUUCAGUUCUUCGUGUUCUGAUGUCCGUUAGGUUUUGAUUGUAAGCUUUUGAUCUUUCCCAAAGACAGACCUAUCAACCCAUUCAAUCACAGAGAGAGCCGACGCUUUGAUUGUAGCCUUUUCCACCCAUUUUCUCCUUUCUUUUCACCCUAUUUAACUUCUGGCAUAUCCAUUUGUCUUCGAUCAGUUGGGCGCCGGUUUUUGGUUGAUCCAGAUUGGCAUGUGCGCGUUUCAUUUCCAGACGCUUUUAUCAGGUAUUUACUGUGUACACUCUUGUAGAUCUUCUUCAAGUCGUGAAUUUGUGCAGCGUUUGUUUGUUUCUUUCCUAUAAUCACUCAUCCAAACCCUCUUGAAUUGAGUUCUCUUAACCUGCAAAUGACUGCAUUUUUUGGCUCUUCGUCGGAAUUCGAAAUUUAUUUGGCAAGUAUUUUGAAGAAGAGUAAUCCCACAAAGCACUACCGAUUAAGUUGGUUCGUCUGCAAAUUAAUGCAUUUUACCUUCUGGGUUUUCCUUGUUAGGCUGUGAAUUGGUUAUGCAAGUGUGGGAGAGGAGAGGAAUGGUGAAGAUUUUAGGGGAAAUCAUAGUCAAUCCUGGUGAUAAGGGGCCUUUUUGAUAGAUGAGGGCUUUGAAUUUGUAGGAGAUGAGUCGGUCUCCUUCAUUUUCUGUGAAGUCUGGACUUAGUGUGAAGGUUGAGCCAAAAUAUUUGCGCCAGUGGGUGGUUGCCUUUUGUAUCAUCAGGUUUGAUCUGGAGCAGGGUCAGCUCAUUGAAGAAUGCUACCCACCUGGUUGUCUUACUCAUGAUGAGGAGCUCGAAAUUGCAUUUAGUUCCUUUCCUGAUUCUAUUUCCCAGCAUCAGAACCGGUCUAGCAUUCAUGACUGUAUAUUCUUUUUUAGAUUCCGUAGAUCAGAAAAUUCUCAACCAGGAAAACUUUCUUCAUCAGAGAUAACAGAAGUGGAUGAUGAUGAUAAAAAUUUGCCCAAGUCCAGGAAGGAAGACGUGCUUGGAAGAUUGGAAGGUAAAAGAAAAAUAUAUGGUUCAAGAUUUUUGUAUGGUUUUGUAUUUAAUAGGCAGAGACAUGAUGAAAGGCUAAAGCGAGGUGGGGAACAAAAAUCUGUAGUUAUUUUAUCCGACUGUCCUUACUCUAGUGUGUUUAGACCUCUGUUGCAAAUCAUGGGUCCUCUGUAUUUUGAUAUUGGAAGGAAGGCUCUUGAGCACAUAGCCGCUUAUGUAUCAUUAUGGCCUGCGCCUGCACCUGGUAAACUAAUGGAGCUUCCUAUUGGGAAUGCUGCACUAAAAGUAAACUUGCCGCCUGCUCAUAGCUUGCCCUUGGAAAAUGGAAUUUUGUUUGAAGACUCGGCCUCCUCCAUGGCUCCUUUGCUUCCAACGAAUCAAUCAAUUCCUCAGGGUCUUUUCCAUGAUUCAGAUCUUUUUGGCACGUUCAGGGGACUUUUAUUGCAACUUUGGGUGUUGUGGGAGUUGUUACUUGUUGGUGAGCCCCUUCUUAUCAUAGCACCAACACCUCCCCAGUGUUGUGAGGCUGUUGCUGCUCUUGUUAGUUUGGUUGCACCACUCCUUUUUAGUGUUGAUUUCAGGCCUUAUUUCACCAUCCAUGAUCCAGAAUUUGUCAAAUUAAACUCACUUCAAGAAGGGAACACUUUUCCUCCUAUGAUUUUGGGAGUGACGAAUCUCUUUUUCCUAAAAGCUCUUCGCAAUGUCCCGCACAUUGUUUCAGUUGGAACCCCUACUAAUUCAAAUCGGCUUCCCUCUGGUGCCAGGUCCUCUUCCAGCAGAAUUUCUGCUAGACCUGAGGGAUUUGGUUUUCAGCAGCUUUCAUUGAAGAAGUUUUCUCCUUCAAGUUUGUUGAGUGCUGUUAAGUUGAAGAGAGAUGGUCCUUUAUGCCUCAUGACAGAGCACAAGGAAGCCAUUUGGAGCACCUAUGGUGCAAUAACAAAACCAGACACUUCUAUCUUGAAUAGACUUAUUGAUGCAGGCGCAUCCCCCAGAAUUGAGGAGUCCAUGUCAGUUGUUAACAAUGAGAUAUUGCGUCGGCAUUUCUUGGAGCUUACUACCAACUUUUUAGCACCUUUUGGUCCAUAUUUUAAAGCCACAACACCUGCUGAAGAAUCCUCUCCAUUUGUUGAGCCUCCUUCUCUCCCUCCAUUCAGUGUUGAUGAAUUCCUCAGCAGCUUAUCAGCAAGAGGUCCAGGAAAAUUUUUACUAAAGCGGAUGAGAUCUAACUGGCUUGAUCUAUACAGACGGUUUUUGAAAGGACAAAACUUUAUGCCUUGGUUUCGAAGAAAACGUGCUGUUGCUGAACAAGAACAACAUAGACUAUGGAGGCAGGCAAGAAUGAAAACUGACAUACAACAAUUUAUAUAUAAAAUGUCCGAAUUGGAAAUUGUCGAUUCCUUCAAUGCCAUUGAGAGGCAUCUUCUUGGAGAGAUACAGCUGCAGCAAUCUGGAUGUGGUAGAGCAGUAUCUGAUGCAACUUGCCAGAAACUGAAAGGAGAUCUGCAGGCUGUGUUCAAUGUGCUUCCGAAAGACAUGCAGGAGCUCCUGCUUUCCAACCCAGAAAAGGCAGCUCUUUUACAAGCAAUUUCUUGAACUGAAAAAAGUUUCCUGGCUGCCUAUUGUGCAAGUCAUGGGUUUGUUCUUCUGCUCUGCCUUGGUAAUAUUCAGAGCAUGUCAGCGUGGUUAAAAACUGGGAGUCUAGUAAAGAGGAUCUUGUUUUGCUGCUUAACCACAACGCAUUUUGCAAUCAUUUCCUAGCAUCAUUCUGGCACCAGAUUGGUAGAGCAACUUUGAUUUGGGUACCAUUGUUCUUCUAGCUCACAGUCAGAUCUCACACUCAAUAUUCCUCCCUAAUCAUGUCAUGCAAUUUAAAUGUAUAAAAAUUUUUAAUUUUGCUUUAUCAUUUUUCUGUGUAAGCAGAUGCGCAGGGGUUGCUCCACAAGCACACUUGAGAUUGCUUCUCUUAACCUGCAAUUGGAUUUAACAGUGAUCGAACAAAGUAAGGAUCAUACUAAAUUCAGGA